UCCUUGGAUCCUCCGCUGGUAGAGAGGAAACGCGCGCGUGAGUGGAGAAAGUCUCACGAGAGUGAAAGCAAGAUCGCGCGACUUUAUUAUUUUAUUUUAUCCUAGCGACCGACAACAGGACGGUUGCACCCAGUUGAGCCCUAAGGUGGCCUGGCCUGAGAUUGGAGUGAGACCUCAGCCCCUGGCUGGGGUUCCUUCCAUACCGAGGAGACGGAUUCAGAGGGGCUCCAGACCCAGAUUGUUGAAAACCAGACGUAUGAUGAGCGUCUAGAGAUUAACGACUCUGAAGAGGUUGCAAGUAAUUAUACUCCAUCCCCAACACCCAAAGGACCUCUUCAUUCUACCCAUCUUCCUCACAAGACUAUGGCGGAUAACAGCAGCAACGAUUUUGAAGAGGAAAAUAACAAGGUCCUAAGUGAGGGCAUGCCGCAGGCUCGAGGCUACAGAGGCAAAGACGGGGACCAUGUCGCAACUGCCCCUGCAAGCCCCAAGUUCCGCCAGACCCCUUUUCGUGGGCUUGAGAGGGUGGGAUGGCACAGAGAGAACCAGAAGCUCAGAGAGGAGAAGAAGACCGCACAGCUGACCCCUCAGCGGGGCUUUAGCGAAAAUGAGGACGAUGAUGAUGAUUCAUCUGAAACGGAUUCUGAUGCAGACGAUGAUGAUGAAGAGCACGGGGCCCCUUUGGAAGGGGCCUAUGAUCCUGCAGAUUAUGAGCACUUGGCGGUUUCUGCUGAGAUUAAGGAACUCUUCCAGUAUAUCAGUAGGCACACGCCGCAGGUGAUUGACCUGGACCACCGACUGAAACCUUUCAUUCCUGAUUUUAUCCCAGCCGUCGGGGAUAUUGAUGCAUUCUUAAAGGUCCCACGUCCUGAUGGAAAACCCGACAGCCUUGGCCUGUUGGUAUUGGACGAGCCUUCUACAAAGCAGUCGGACCCGACAGUGCUUUCUCUCUGGUUAACGGAGAAUUCCAAGCAGCACAGCAUCGCACAACAUAUGAAAGUAAAGAGCCUGGAAGAUGCAGAAAAGAAUCCCAAAGCCAUCGACACGUGGAUUGAGAGCAUCUCUGAGUUACACCAUUCCAAGCCCCCUGCAACUGUGCACUAUACCAGGCCCAUGCCCGAUAUUGACACGCUGAUGCAGGAAUGGUCCCCAGAGUUUGAAGAGCUUUUGGGCAAGGUGAGCCUGCCCACCGCUGAGAUUGAUUGCAGCCUGGCAGAGUACACUGACAUGGUCUGUGCCGUCCUAGACAUCCCUGUCCACAAGAGUCGGAUUCAGUCUCUCCACCUGCUCUUUUCCCUCUACUCAGAAUUCAAGAACUCACAGCAUUUUAAAGCUCUAGCUGAAGGCAAGAAAGCAUUCACUCCUCCCUCCAACGCCACCUCACAAGCUGGAGAUGCGGAGACAUUAACCUUCAGCUGAGCCACCUCCCAGGUUGCUGUGUUUCAAGGCUGAGCUGACUCCUCUGUGCCAGCUGAGGAGGGCUCGCUGUCAGCCACCUGGCAUCCUUGCCUUGACUCAGGCACACUACACGUCCUGUUACCCUCUCCAGACAGCACUGCGCAUGUGUGUUAAAUGGCUGCUGCCUGCCUCAGCUUUCCUUCCCAUGGGAAUCAUGCUUGUGUACCACGGUGAGGAUUUGUGCUGGAAGAAUUGGAAUUUCUGGGAUCCCGGGAUACUCAGGUUGAGAGGAAAGCUUAAAAGAUACUCCUUUUGAGAUAGAUAGCAAUGGAAAUAUUUUCUUUCAUUCUUAAAGUUAGCUGGCAAUGAUUUUGCAAAUAAAAUGCUGUAUCUUUCAGGUUA